AUGCGCUCGUUGGAGGCGGAGCGAACGCCCCUGACUGCACCCAUAUUAUGCCAGAUCCGUACUGGGGGAGCAACUGGUAGCCGAUUGGUUGGCACCAUUCACAUCCGCCUCAACUCUUCCUUGGGGGAUGUACGGCUGCUGCUGAGAAGUCUCACAAGCAAGGCGCGUGGGGAUGCAACUGUCCCGAGCGAGCUGGAGGUACAUGGGGCUCCGGUCAACGUGACACAGGAGGAAUGGAAGAAAACCAUGGUGUACCCCCUGCACCCAUUCGACCUCAGUUUGGCGUUUUCAUUUGUUAGGGGUGGCGGAUCUGUGCCCAUCCAGCGGCGGGACGAGGAAAAGCUGCUGCUGGUGGACGUCUUUCCAAAACUGCCGCGUGUGUGGGGCGUGUCUACCGUGGCAGGGUGGGCGAUGGAACCGACACCGCCAAUGGUGAAGGUUUUGGCGUGCCCAGGGGAGCACCCACCGUCGCGCGACGCACUCGCCGUUGUGUUUAUCGCGCAGGGAGAGCCGGGGAGUCUCACGACGGAGGAAGUGAUGAUCGAACGCCACAGGUUCCAGCAAGGCGCCUAUGGGCGCCCGUACCAAUUGCAGGAACUUUCUGCGCUGUUAAAUCAGUGGAACGGCAACGUGAAGGAUUGCUUUGGGCGCACGGUGCUGCACGAGUGCGUUUACCAGGGCCACACGGAGGCUGUGGCCUUUUUGCUUUCUCUUUCCUUUAUUCGCGUUAAUGAGCAAGAUACACAGGGUAAAACACCGUUGCAUCUUGCGGUUAGAGGUGGCAAUGAGUUUAUCGUGGCACGGCUGCUGGAGGCUGGGGCUGACGUGCUGCUCACUGAUAACAGUGGCGACACCGCACUUCAUGCGGCGUUGCGUCUCCGCAAUGACCGUAUCGUCGAGUUGCUGUGCAAGCGACUGCGCGCGAAAGGGGUCGAGGCAAAGUGGCUGUGUUGCCUCAAAAACAGUGUAGACAUGUCACCUGGGGAUCUAUUUUCGUUGUACUUCCCAACCUUUUUUCAGCUUUGCGAAGAGGGUGACGUGGUUGCCAUCAAAUCCCUCUACAACCAUUACUUAUUUUCACGUGAUUCCAUAGAGGAGUGUGACAACCUUCUUUGUCAGUCAGUACUUCACGUGGCCGCUGCCCAUGGGCAUAGAAGCGUCCUUGAGUUCCUUUUAGAUGAACUGAAGCUGGGAAGUUUGGCGCAGAAUCGCAUGCUCAACGCCCGGUUGCAAACCCCCUUGCAUCUGGCGGCUGAGGGAGGUCACCUGUCGGUGGUCAGCUUCCUUCAUGAGCGGUUCCCAUGGUGGAUUUCUCUACAGGACGUCACCGGCGCUACCCCGCUUGUGGCAGCCUUGAGGCGUAACAGGCGGAAACACUCAACCACCGUGGUGGAGUAUCUCAUUUCGGCUUUGCCAUCCGGCUCUGCCGCGACAAACGCAUGUGACAAUAGUGGGAUGGGCGCACUACAUCUGCUGUGCGAGUUGGGGGUGACGCGUGCCGCCAAUGCCCUCAUCGUCGAUCACGGCGCCGACGUUACGUUGUCGCACACAUGCAGCAAUACGUCUUUGAGAUAUCUAGUAACAACACGUGGGUCGCCACGACUAUCAAGGCACCUUGCGAAGGCGUCAAAAAGACAGGUAAUAAAGGAGCAACAAGGGCUAACGCCGCUUCUCUGCACCCUUCGCGGGAGGCGCGUCCACGUGAGUACAGUGGAGAUGCUGCUGUCGCACGGGGCCGGGACGCGAGCGGAUGAGGUGGUUGAGCUGCUGUUUUACCUCGUCACAAAGGGGCACUACAAGUUGGCGGACCGUGCGGUUGCGGCUUUGAUGCGGAACGUGGUAGCUUCGAACGAGCUUCUCUGCCGUUUUUGUGCGGUCAAGCACAGCGUUGGUAUUCGGUGGUGUGUUGAACGGGGCUGCUGUGGUCUAAACUCUCUUGAUGGCGGUUGCCCGUUGCUACUGAGCUCUGCGUUGGGCGAUGCCGGGGCGGUGGGCUUCUUGCUCUCGUCUGGGGCCGAUCCAAACGUUGCCCCAGCUGGAACGUCGCCGCUGUUAGUGGCUAUACACGGUGGACACCACGCCGUCUUGGAGCGUCUGGUGAGAGCUGGCGCGAGGCUUUCGGCUGUGGAUGGUUCCUGGACUGCGCUACGUGCCGCCGCUGAAAAAGGCGCCGAGUCCGUUGUUCGUGCCCUGCUGGGACUCCAUGUAAUUUCCCCCUUGGAGGUGUCCCAGGCCUUGGUUCACACAAUGGAGGGUGUGCGUGGGCGACGGAGUAUGACUUGCGAACGGGCAUGUGUGGCUCUCGCAGGGGGUCUCGAUCUUUCCUCACGUGACAUCACGCACCCUACGGAGCUUCUGCAUCUCGCAGCAAGCCGUUCCCUUUUUACCGUUGUCCGGGCGCUGGUGGGCAGCCUGUGCGCUUUGCCAGCAGCGACGCUCCGGGAGAUUGUGAAUGCCUCCCCGCCACCGCCCACGCGGCCGUUUGUGCUCAUCGAACCGACGAUGGCCCCGGUGCAGGCGAAGGCUCUCCGUCCUCUGUCAGCGAACGGCCGACGGGCUCUGUACACCCCACCAAAGCCUUUUAAGCGUCUGGUCGUUCGACGCCGGGGUACUGGGGUGUUGUUUCACCGUCUGCGUCUUCGUGAUGUGCUGAGCUACUGUGCUGAGGCCAAUGAAGGCGAACUGCUUGAAAGUCUUCUAUUUGAUGUGGGGCUGAAGCCAUGGGAGGGUCCGGAUUACCGUGGCUGGAAUGCUGCAGAUUAUGCGGCUGAAAAGCAGCUAAGGGACGCCCUUCGCAUGCUACUUGUUGUCGGUGUGGCUCCGUUGCGUCGCCACGCUGUGUGCUGCGGUGCAACACUGGGGGCUCUCUGCCGCUCCAUAGCGACUGUGGAUGGGAGGGUGGGUGAGGCGGGCGUGUUGUCGUCAGUUCUUUGCAAUUUGGCGGCCGCGCGGGAGAAGACGUUGGUGCGACAGAUUUUAAUAGAUACAUGUAGAUUUCACGAUGUGCCGGACCUGAGCGGUGCGGGGGCCUGGUUGGAUGAACUAAUCCUCCGCUGUGUUUGCACGCGUAGCCUGGAUAUACUGGAAGUGUUGAAAAACGAGUUCCAGGUACCGCUGAAGCAACGGCUGGGUCGCUCGGUACAGCCGUUGCUGUGGGCUGUGGCGUGUCGUGAGGCAGACUUGGUCGCGUACCUCAUUCUUCACGGAGCACCUGUCGACUUGGUGGGUGUCAUUCCUGCAGUGGGCGGCUGCGACCGGCGUGUGCUGAGGUUGGAGAGGCGCGAGGUAUCUCCCUUGUGGUUGGCGGCGCACUUCACUGACGUUGCGAUUAUGGAACUUUUGCUUUCGGCUGGAAACUUGUUGCCAGGGUGGUGCACAGACUCGGCAGAGUUCUGCCGGGAUGCGCUCAAGGCGCUUGUCGAUGGAGCCCCGUGCAGACCCUCAGCGUCUCAGGACGCGUUGAUUGCCAAAGGUGUAGCGGUGCUGGCUCGGGCCGGGCACGAGUGCACGUCGCCGAGCAUCAUGCGAGUGGCUGCGAGAAAGGGGCUGCUGCAGACUGUGGAGCGUCUGAUAGAGUGCUACGGCCUACGUCCGCUGACGGAGGAUAUCGCUUCCAAUGGGGUCUGCUCGCUGCACUACUUCGUUUCUAGGCUGGCGCUGUGUGAGGUGCUGCGCUCCACGCUGCUGCUUGUGGCUGACGUUGACUCCGUUACGGCGGAGGCCAGCCGGCAACUCCUGCGGACGAUACGGGCGACUAACUUUACAGUGAAUCCAGUGGGCUAUGCGCUUAGAGCGGGCUGUGCGGCGGGGGCAAUGCUCCUCCUCAGCCUGGGGCUAUGCGGGAGCGGCGAGAAGGACGAGGGAAGUAAUCCCAAAAUUUCCCGCCUCAUACGUUUCUCUGCCGCAAGGCGUGCGGCGCAAGGGAAGGAGGGCUACACGGUUCUGCAUGCGGCAGUGGAGCUGCAGGAGUAUGAACUUACCCGCACGCUUCUGAGUGAGCGUGUCAUUCUUCAGUACGUUGAAAAACCAUCUAUUGAGGUAAACCACAUUGUUACAACACCCUCUGUUGUCUCGCUUAUGAAUUUCUACUUUGAUGAGGACCACCAACGCCGUUUGUUAUCGUUGGCGGUGCCAACACACACGAGAAUUUUUCCAUGCGAUUUGCCUUACCUUGUUUUUGCCCCAUCUUUCUCUGAGGAGGCUUUCCGGGACAUUGUGCGGCUCUCCGCCUCAGGCGGCGGCCUUGAGCAGGCGUUGGACUUGCAACAUGGCGGUUUACCCGCGAACUUUGUGCGGCAGCUUGUGAUGCAGCACAGGCAUUCCUUCUACUUUGAUAACCGAUCCUUUGCACUUGCGGCACUGACGCCGAUGGGUUGGGCUGUGGCGGCAGGAAGUCUCCCAUGGGUACGAUUGCUGGUCUACAGUGGUGUGUCAACCACAAACUGCCACUCCACCGUUGCCGGGAUAUCGCGCAGGCAUGCCUCACCGCGGCCUCCGCGUUCUAUGCCACCACCGCGCAGAAAGGUAACGGUACGGGCUGUGGUGAGGAGGCACACCUGUCGUAAGGAGGACACAUAUCCCGUGACCUUCACAGAGGUACGCUACCAGGUGAGCCCAAUUCUGCUUUGCAUGGCAGUUAUUGUGGAGACUGCCGUCUCCGGUGAUGCUGAGGGGCUGUUGCGGCAGUCGCAGGUUAUGCGGUUUCUGCUUGGCUCCGAGCAGUGUCUUGGGCGGGCGGAGGUCAACCUACUCGCCAUUGCUCUGGCGAAGCUGAUGCUCUGGGACCUGCUGGAGGCGCUUGUAGCGGCGGCGGCGAGGAUGAUGACGAGCGAUCCCACGGAAGGGCGCUUCUUCACCAGCGUUGAGGAGGUGGAGGUGCCGCCCAUCAUUAAGCAUGCGGUAGGAACCGCACGUCACGUCAUGCAUGUAGCAGCCCGUUGUGCUCCGAGGGAAAUUAUCAUGCUUGUCGCGAAUCAUUCUCCGCGUGCUGAGAUUGAAGGCUCAUGUGACGCCAGAGGAAGGACAGCUCUGUUUCACGCCAUGCACCACCCCCGUCGAUUGGCGCUUGGUGUCUUGAUGGGUUUGCGGAUUCCUACGAAUCGACUGUGCUGCAAGACACUGGGGCGCACACCUCUGAUGGUUGCGUGUCAGCGCGGCCCGUUGUCGCCUGUUGUGGCGCUUCUAAAGAAGCUGGAAAUAAACAGCACGGACCGUGAAGGUAACACGCCGCUGUUGUUGGCCGCCGCUGCAGGCCAGAUGGAGAUUGUGGAACACCUCCUUGCGAAUGGGGCGGAUGCAUCUGUGAGGAAUCGUAGAGGGAUGACAGCUGUCAUGGUGGCAGCCUUUGCUGGUCAUGACCACAUCGCGGUUCCUUUGGCGGAAAAUUUCUCCAGACUAGAGGACUUUUUCUCCCCGCAGACGACGUUGUUGCACUGCGCCGCUGUGGGUGGUUGCCACCGCGUGGCGUCAGCGUUGGUAGGCAUGGUUGAGAAGAUCGAUCCCCUGGCUGAAGACGGUAAUGGUGACACGGCUGUUUACUUGGCCUAUGCCUUUGGCAACGCCCGGGUGCUUCGGGUGCUGUUGAGUGCCGCCUCGAGCAAAGGUGUGGAACCUUCCUCGUCGUUGCAUUUGGAGCGUCAGAUAUUUGCCUGCGAUUCUGCGCUGCCGCGCUACGGCUGGCUUAGAGGGGUGCUGCAGGUGGGCGAGGCUCUGCUUGAGGAAACCCGGCAACGCUCCUUUUGUCGAUUCGCCAUGCGACCUGGUGAGAUGACGUAUGGUACCGCGACGAGUUUUAGGUGGGCUUGCACAUCGUUGCUUCUCUGGUGUGUGCGCAAUAGCAAUGUCGUGGGCAUCCGGGUCUUGGGGGACAUGAACGUUGCAGAUGACUGUGGGGCUCUUCACAAGGCUGCCGAGCGGGGGCACUUGGACGUGGUGGAGCUCCUGUUGAAGCUGGAAAUGAGCGACCCCAACAGUCUUAAUUGCGCAGGCCAGUUACCGUUCGAAGUGGCCGCGGUGCAUCAGCGUGUGGCCUGCGCUUCGCUGCUCCUUGCACGCACAAGACUUGACUUGCUACAAAGAAGGACCCCGGCUGUGGGUGGGGUGGAAAGUGUCCUUCACCGCAUUGCCUCGACUGGGUCUGCAGAGACCCUGGUUGCAUUGGUGGAGGCGUUUCGGCGGGAAAGCAACUCGGACUGGCGUGUGGUCGCGUCUCAACUCCUCGAUGCCCUGGACACCCCUGAUCCAGCCGGGAUGACGGCAUUUGAAGCUGCUGUGGCGAUGGGGAACCCCGCUGGGGUGCUUCGCGUGGCCCAAGUGCUUCAGCAACUUGCGUUGGCAUCAACCCGAACGAACGCCCUGAGUAUUUCAAACUCGUUUCUUAUGCAGCUUCCUGGCCUGUCGCCUGCCGUGCGAGUGCUUCUAUACGACGUGUUUGGCGUUGCAGAGGUAGCCAUGUGCGUCGGGUUUGAACAGGGUGGGAGGCAUGUGGGACGAUUGGCCUUUGCCGACGUGCGACUGAUUGGUGCAAACACUUUGAGGGAGUCUGCCUUUUGUGCUGCUGCUAUGGCUGCAGCGUUCACGCUGGAGCACGAGAUAUCUGUUGUGUCCUCUUUGCUGCGGGGACUCCCCUUCCGGAUACGGUAUAAUCCGCGCUCGCUGGAGUCGCGGAGUGCGGAUCAGCAGGUGCAGUUUCUGCAGUGGCUGGCAUCCUCACUUGUUCUUUCAAACUACGAGGUCUGGGACGAAGACGACACUUUUGACGCGGUGGAGCUGGAGCUUGUGCUGCAUCGCGCGGAGGAGUUUGUUGCUCUAUCGAACAGGUGCCUGCGGCAUUCUGUGUACGUGGAUUCCUGUCGACUUCUGACCCCACCCCUGCAGGCGAAGUUUCAGUUUACGGCUAGGCGGGAGGCGGCGCGGCUGCAGGGCGUGGCUGAAGAGCGAUGCCGCGCGCUAACACAUAAACUGCAGCAGCUUCCGUAUCCUGCCGCGUCAAUGGGACGUGUCGCGGUGGAGUGGGGUGAUGGCAAGGGCGGGAUGAGCGUGGAGGCUAUCACGCGUCUCAUUGAUGACGGUCUGGCGAAGCUUGAGUUGUUUCUCGACGGGAAACUGAAGGACAUCCUCGCUGGCGUCGCCAUGGCGGACAUCCUUGCGGUGACUGCGGCGACAGGCGACGCUAUGCGUGGACUGGACAUACGUUUUUGUUACACCUGCGAGCCCGUGUCAAGGCGCCAGGGCACUUCUUCGGUGGGCAGGAUUGUCCUUCUGUUCAACGAUGACACGCUGCAGGACGUGGAUCACAUGCUGCAGGCCGUGCUGUACAAGCAAGUUCUGGCGGACGUGAACCUCGUGGGUGUGAGUUUCAUCCGGGACGCGUUUCUGGUGGAUGUCCGACGCCGUGUUGCGGCGUUAAUGGCCACAGAUGAGACGACGAACUGGAGGUUGGAGGUUGAGGGUGGCGUCACUCUGGACGAACUCCCGCUGCAUCUGCUGGAGGCUGCGAUGACCGACGCAGCUGAGGCUCUUGUGUCGUUGGUGAUGGAUCCGUCGACAAACAUGCAGGCGUUCUGCUCCUCACGAAUUGUGAGCGACAUUUUGACACGGAACCUACGCUCUGUGGUUGUCCUCUUUGCGCCGAGGCGGCGCCCCGCAGCCAACUUUUUGGAGGGGACUUUGUUGCUGUGCCUCAGUCGCCAGCUUGCACCUACACGUUGUGAGAUCUACGAGGGACUCCGCCGUGGGGCUCUGGAUGACGAGAUUGAGCGCCUGCGUGGGGAGUUGCCCCGCGUCGUCGCCGCGGUGAGAGAACGUCUCCAGAUAUAUCUUCCGGCGGCAACAUUUGUGCUGGACUCUGCCUCGUUGCUUGAGAAGCAGGAUGACGAGUACGUUGUGUCUGCGCUGAGUCUUUUGUGCCAUAACUGUGGCGCUCUUGUCUUGCAGCCUCUCCUCGAUGGUGUUUCCAUUGGCUGCGGCACCGGCUUGGGGGCUGUGGUGCGUCGCCACGUGCGCCAACUCGUCCUGGUGGUGGAGUUGUACGGAAGAGGCUCAUGCGUACUGUACGACAACGGUAGCUUUGUCUACAACUGUCCUCUGUACUGUCUGGGGCGAGGCGUGUAUGCAACCUCACCGUGGUAUUUGCUUUCCGCUCAGCAAAUUGCAUCGAUGCUGUUGCAGCAGCUGGCUGUGGUGGAUUCCAGCGUUGUGGGGCUCAUCAACAUGACGAAGCCCGUCGCGUGUUGGUCGCAGGCACACGGUGUCUGCACCCGACUGCUGACUGCCGGCUGCCGGCGCCACGCCGUGCGGAUGACGACACGCAACCUCUUAAACCUUCGAUUGGAUCACGGCGUCAAUGAGGCCAGCCUCACCUUCGUCGGGAAAUGGCGCGCCGUGACUGUCAAUGAGGCUACUGGAUGGGUGCACUUCACGGCACCCACUAAAUCCGGGUAUUUUGACCAACAAAUUUUCAUGGGUGGUCAGCCGAUAUUUAACUCCCCUCUGCGUAUUCGAGUAAAGCCGCUCCCGGCGCAUCUGCCGCGUACAAAAGUGCUCUCGAAGUUCAACACUGUCAUUGUGGGGCGACCGUUUGGCGUUGCGCUGCAGCUCCGAGACAGGUACGGAAACCGAAUAGAGGCACCGGAGCCAAUCAAGGUUUCAUUGGCGCCGGGCGGAGACGCAAGGCUGCUGUCGUGGAGUCGCCCUCAUGUGGACAUUGUCAAUGUGGAAGCUGUGGUGACGGAGGCAUGUGAUAGCUGCACAGUGCCCAUUCAUCUGUGUGCCAUGGCGAACCAUAGUUUUACGUUGCUUUUCAAGGUGGAGAGCGUCAGCCGGCAAACAUAUCGUCAGAUUUGCCUACUACGCCGCGGAUACACGUUGGACUUGGGAAAGGGCUCCGCAACGCCAACCACAACAGAGACGGUGAAGGCUGGGAAGUAUGAUCGCGCAAAGUACUUUUUCAGAAGAGCGGUCCGCGACGCGGAGCGACGCCGCCUCGCACGGGACGCCAAGUUGAUCGGUGGUCUCUCGACACGUGUGUUUCCCCCGCGGCGACCGACGGGCAAAUUUCCAAAGUGGCAGCAGAACGACAGCAGACGUCCGUGCGAGUAG